AUGGGGUACGAACGUUGGGUUGACCUACACUUGGACGGUAGAUUUUCUGGGGCGCAUGUCCACGUCCAGAAUACCAAGCUUCAAUGGGGAAAGUUCUAUGCCCAUGGGAACAAAGACCAUGAGAUCAGCCCAGAGGACGUAAAUAAAACGGUGAUCCGCGACAAUCCUUCAAGUCCACGUUCAGAUGUAGACAUCUACAGCUGCGGCAGAGAAGACACUACCUCAGGAACCAAAGGAAGUUUUGAUCUGAUAGAUAAACCCUCUGGUACUCUAAUCUGCAGUCUGCAAUGGAAUUGCCCACACGAAUCUUCCCUCGGCAAUGCGAAUUCUGUCAAGGCGCAGGAUCGAAAUGAUGGUUACAUCGUCGUUAUAGGAAGUUAUCCUGAGAAAGGGGCUCUGGGGAAGGUUGGUGUCCACUGGGAGACUGCUAUAAUGUAG